AUGGACCCAUCCGCGCUGAGGUUAUGGGCCUGGAAGAUCGACAACCUAAGCAUUCGAACCGGGCCUGAAUCCAAAAAGCUUCUUGUCAUAUUUGAGAAAUAUCGAGGGGUUAUGCCAGGGUUGGUCAGCUUCGCAAGCUCGUACUUAGCAACGAGUCAGCGAAAGCGUUGGCAGGUGUUGUCAGCCUUUGACUACACUAUGCGCGAGGGCGUCGAGGCCGUCGUCUUCGUUGGCGGCGUCUCGCUCGGCUACCCGGCCACUGCAUUCCCCCUGCCCGUCUUCACGGGAAUGCUGACGGGGGUGACGGGUAGCUAUCCGAUCUACUAUGAUGGCAAUACCAUGUCCAUCCAGCUCUUCCUCAUCGCGUCCACCUGCAUGCUGUAUCUGAUCGCGGCAGGCAUGUUGUCCAAAAGGAUCUGGGAUCUGCAGUACUACCAGUUCUAG